CCAGUAUUCCCUUGAUUAUGGAGGACUGGAUAUCACGAAACGUCACUGCUCAUCUUGAAUUGUUUUCCUAUUGUAUCUCUGCUUUGUCACUGCUGGAAGGGCAUAUGGUCUCUGUAUCUUUGGGUAUGUCUUGUCUGACUGGAAAGGGGAGUCAGCUGGAGUAAUGGAAUAAUGAAUCAUAGGGACUUGGUGUUGGAGCAUCUCAAUAAGACUAGAAGAAUCUGUCUAUGCAGACUUCACAAAUGGAAUCGACAUGCUUUGGCCUCAGUUCACUCCCUCUUUCUGCAUGUACUCUGACACCUUCUACAGCACGCAAUCAUUUGUCCAGUGUCCAAAUCACUUUGCCCAGCCAGUUACACUUGCAAUUCACCUCGACCCAAAGACAUGGGACUCCCUCCUGCAUCGGAAACCUCCGCAAGAUCUUAGCACCCCCGCGGGAACGCCCCUAGCCGCGUAUACCACAUCUCGCUACCGGCCGCACGCUUUGACCCGUGACGUUAUCGUUAUGUCGACGUUUCUCUUCGAAGUUUCUUUUGCUGAUUUCUUUUCGUUCCCGGCCUGCAUCGUCUGCCCGCACCAGCCAGCCCCUGAACCCCUGCAUGGCGCGACCAGAUGGCUAACCUGCCUCAGAUGCUACCCAAAUGUGACCAUGUCUCUUACAUGCUCGCGCAAUUACUCAACGAACCAAACUACCAAAGCAUAGCCGAUUCUUCAUCUGAGCGGGCCGAUCCUAUCCAUUGCAAAAGAAGGUACGGCCGUAUCAACAUGGCAGGAAAACGCGCCGAGAGGAUAGGGGGGAAGAUACACAAUGAGUACGAGAGGGCGGGGCGAGAUGCAGGAGUGAAAAGCUUCGUUCAAUCGCUGCAUGACGAUUGAUGGAGAAUU